GGAAUCUGAUGCCGAUCCCUAUGUAAACACGAGUUCUGCAUAUAAAAUAUAUCAAGUGACUUGGAUUAAACUUCAGAGCUGAAAUCUUUCUUACGGAAUCCACAAUGAAACUCCUGAUUGCAACCAUCCUUGGAGUCCUCCUGACUCAAGCCCUAGGAAAUGAUAACAUCAAUAUUAAUAAUUCAGGUAAUGAUGGUGGAAGCAUCAGCCAACAAGUGAACAUUAACAACCAGGACAAAGUGGCCAACAUCAACAAUCUCAAUGGCUGGAACUCCUGGGACUCCGUCUCUGACUUUGGCAAUGGGUUUGCUGCUACAAGACUGUACAACAAGAAGAUCUGUGUGGUUACCAAGAUGACUCCAAGUUUCCCCACCCUGGAGCAGCUCAGCGAGAUUGCCAAGACCAAAAAGGUCCCUACCAACACCCAGCUGGUGACCUACACAAUCAAUCAGACCCCCGUUGCUCACAUUGAAGAAUAUGGUCAGCACAUUGAAGCCUUGUGCAGGGGCAUACCAGCCUACACUGCUCUGGAGAUGCCCAAUGUCGGAGGAGAAUUUGCUGAAUGCAAUAGUAACAGCAUAAUUACAAUUUUUGGAAUCAGCUUCUGUUUUUAA